AAAGCUCUCGAGCCCGCGGCGGGAGCAGCCCUGUACCUGGACAUGGGGGAGCUGCGCUCCCUCGCCUGCGACGCCCUCUUGCAGGAAAGCUUCUACCAGAAUAAGAAGCGGCCGUAUCUCUACCGCUGUCAGGAUCACACACCCGGCCCGUUCCUUACGCAUCUCAUUUCCAGCCUCAUCGCUUACUUGUGCAGUCGCAACCCGCUGCUGGCUGCCUCUUCCCUUGAUCUAAAACCUGAGGUUAACUACUACUGGCAUCAUGGUGAGGAAGUUGUAGUUCAUGGACAUCGAAAGGGUAGAGUUGAUCCUGUGCGAUUUCAGAUAGAUGAUAAGCCACACCUCCAGAUCCGUGUGCCAAAGCAGCUUCCAGAGGUUGUACCACUGGAUUCAGAUCUUGGAGAGGUUCCCGUUAUUGAUCACAAACCAUCCAAACUGCCGAUGUUCAAAAAGCAGUAUGAAAACAAGGUAUUUAUAGGAUCAAAAGUAGCAGAUCCAUGCUGUUAUGGACACACCCAGUUUCAUCUUCUUCCUGAUAAACUAAAGCGGGAGAGGUUUGUAAGAGCAAAUCUUGAGGAUCAGAUUGAAGUCGCUUACCGAGCUAACGGUAUUGCAAGUCUCUUUGCCUGGACAGCAGCACAAGCAAUGUAUCAAGGAUUCUGGAGUGAAGCAGAUGUUACCCGUCCUUUUGUAUCACAGGCAGUAGUGACUGAUGGAAAAUACUUCACUUUCUUUUGUUACCAGCUAAAUACUUUAGCACUAACAGUAGAAACUAUUAAAAAUAGCCCUCGGAAGAAUAUCUGUUGGGGUGCAGUCAGUAAGCCAUUGUAUGAUGUUGUAGAAAAUGGUAAUGUGAAAGGUUUUAGUGAUGAAGUUCUGCUUCAGUUGGUUCAUUUUCUGUUAAACAGACCAAAAGAGUUGUAAAUCAUUAAAAAAUAAAAUAUUCUUGUUCAUGCGCCUGAGCUUCAUUGUAACUCCAUGGACUAGAAUAUGCCUUGUUCUUAGUCAAGUAUUUGUCUAGCAAACACUGUCUACAUCUUUUAUAAUAUUUGGGCCUUAUUUCUUUAUUUUAAAUAUAU